UCACCGCCUGCUCAUCGCUGAUGCUGGGAUGAAGCUGACAGGAGAAUCACCGAUUCUAGAUAAUUUCUAAACUUCUCUAAAUUGUCUCUCUGUGUUCAUAACAUAUAUUGAAAGAGAAUUAGAAAUACAGUUGAGUGAAAGUCGAUAGAAGGAGCGCGUCGUCAAGAUGAUGGAGGAAAUGGAUAGAUUCCAAGUGCCUACAGCUCAGUCUGAGAUGCAGCCCUUGGACCCAGCCGCGUCCUCCACCUCAGAAGGAGACUCCGAUGCCCGAGAAGGGGACUCCGUGACCCUCAACUACAAGCCUUCCCCCCUACAGAUGAAAAUCGAGAAACAGAGAGAGUUGGCCAGGAAGGGCUCCCUAAAGAACGGCAGUGUUGGCAGUCCAGUCAACCAGCAGCCCAAGAAGAACAACGUUAUGUCCAGGACACGGUUGGUUGUUCCCAAUAAAGGCUACUCUUCUUUAGACCAGAGCCCAGAUGAGAAGCCUCUGGUAGCACUGGAUACUGAUAGUGACGAUGACUUUGACAUGUCCAGAUACUCCUCGUCAGGAUACUCCUCAGCCGAGGUGAGAUGUCUGAGGGACCAGCAGAUCAACCAGGACCUGAACAUCCAGCUGCUGAAGGACGGGUACCGACUCGACGAGAUCCCGGACGACGAGGACCUGGACCUCAUCCCCCCGAAAUCGGUCAACCCCACCUGCAUGUGCUGCCAGGCCACCUCCUCCACCGCCUGCCAAAUCCAGUAACCCCUCACCCCCCUUACCCCACCCCCACAACCCCUCCCUGCCUGUCCACAGUGAGCCCGCUUCGCCAGCAGGGCGGCGACGCAGCGCAGCGACUUCAAAACUAAAACAGUAAUGUUACCACGGCGAUGACGAUGAUGAUUAAGGCAAGCAAGAAACGGUUAAAUGCCAAUAUUUAAAAAAGGGAAAAAAAAGUUAAACAUUUCAUCAAAUAAAUAAAUAAAAACGCCAUUGCUUCCUCCUAUGGUAGGACGUGCCCUCUCUGAGGACCCAAACCGAGGGUAGCCUAGGCGAUGCCCUCACACCUCCCCCGCCCCCUUGCCAAUGUGAUGUCCCUGGCCAAAAAAUAAAGAACCACGUAAUCUUUCAGUCUCAAAGCUAGAAACAAUAAUACAUUAAAUGAAAUAAACAAACGAUACAAACGAUACUUUUUCCCGAGCGACUGCACACAUGAAGACAGCUGGCCCCGCCCACUGAGUAGAAUUCACCUUUCUCUUCCACCGUUCAGUUUAUGCUUUGAUUUCCUCCCUCUGUGUCUUUAAACCUCUGUGUGACUGUGUACGUGCUUAAUGUGCAGGACAGACAGGCAGGGGACAGGAGGGCGGUUCGGUGGGGCCUGUACCAUAAGAGCGAGGAAAACCCCGACAACCAAAGCCCACCCCCUCUCCCCGGUAUCGACUGGCUGUUUCCAGAGGAUUGUGGGUAAUUCCCUGGGGACUCUCACUGUAUAGCGUUCUGACAGGCACCUGUGUUGUUUGCUUCCUUUCUAGUUAAUGCUGGUCUGUCUGUGAACGGUCCUUCAAAGACAGAGAGACAAUAAUGGAGGUGAAGUACGUAGAAUUAAUCGAGCACCUUUGAACGUUUUGUCCAGGUUAGCGCACCGAAUGGAUACACGCGCAAUAGUCACAUGCACACGCACACACACACGCACAGGAAUCCAAGUGUUCUCAAAUUCUUACUUAAAUUGGAGCGAUGCGAUCGAGAGGGAAUGUACUGUACAUAUCACAGGAUUGAUUUUAUUUAUUUUAUUAAUUUCUUUGUUGUUCAUAGUUUUAUUUUUUUAUGUUGACUCCCAUUUUGAAAAAGAAGCGUGCGGGCGUGGCAAAUAUACCGGUGUUUUUCAGUCACUGUGAGAGGCCAGGAACCGAGAAUGCUCCUAGCGAUCGAAAAAAAUAACAAUAAUAAUAAUAAUCUGUGCUUUAGUGACUUUUGAAAUAAAAAAAAAAGAAAACAACUUGUGUAUGACAUUGCAUGCCAUGUUGUAGCCCAAACCAAGAUCCAGCUGCUAUUUGCAAAUAACAAAUCUAAAAAACCCUUGCUUUUUGUCAUUUUUGUCCUCCUCUGAUUGUUAAUACAUUACAUAUGAUCUUUACAUUGCUCGUGGUCCUUUGGACUGCGGAGAUGGAAGGAUUCGUUGUGUGAGCCUCGAGUUACAAGACACCGGAAGAACUGCUACUGUAAUAUACUCAAAGCCUGUUUACAGUGUCGCGAUGGGUCACUUAGCCAUUGUGUAGCACCCACGUUACUACCAUAGCAACCUGAGCAUUGAGUAACCGGGUGAUCUCCCACUGCUACUUACUGUUUCAGUUUUUACAGUAUAGUUGACCUUACUGUAUACGGCAUACACACAUGGCACACCUACACAAGUACACACACUCACAAACACUCCUGCACUGGAGGAAAUUGAAUAAAUCGGAAUUGCCAUAAUAGGAAAUAAAAUUUCAAAUUGAGAUUUUGAAAUGCAUUGUCACAGGAAAUGAUCUCUUUCCAUUGUAUCUUGUCUUUUAAUUUUUUUAAACUAUUCAAAUGGUUAGCAGUCAAGCCAAUAAAAUGACAUGUUUGUUGGGGUUUCAAACAGAUAUUUGGGUUGCAAGUAUGUUCCUCUUCUAGAUGUGUGAGGUUUUGCAUUUGUACAUCUUCUAAGAAAACAAUCAGAGGGUUGGGUUCCACCUCCAGGUUCUACGUGUUUCCCCUCUGUACUGUUCAUCAUGCAAAUGAAGAUCCCUCUUCAAACACAGAUUUCUUAUUUGGGCAGUUUUGGUGAGAGUAAGGGUCUUGUUCAUUUCCAUUGUGUCCACAUGACACAAAACAUAGUUUCACUUUGUAUGUAUGAUUUUGAUUGAUGUACUUAUGUUUUUUUUUUUUUUACAUCUUGGAUAUGAUACUGAAUUAUACUGGAAAGAAAAAAAGCGUCCUUGAAUAACGUUCCGAGUUUGCUACUUCGUCUUCAAGUGAAAUGAAAUGAAAUGAACAGAAAAAUCAAGUGGAUCACCUUGGCAGUUGGUCCAUAUGAAGCACUGAUGUCGUCUUGGUCUCACCUCACUGGUGUGCCACUGCAAUGUGUCAAACCUGUCACAACCUGACAGAAAUUCAAACCAAGAGACACUCCAAAUGGGAAGGUGGGCCUUCGCAAACCCAGUGAUGGGUAGGGAUACCGUGUGCUGUCAAUCACUGGUGGCAGCCAAUCAAAAUAAUGAUUUCCAUAUCUAAUCACUUUGAUUGGUUUCAGAUCGGUGAGAUUGACAGUGCUUCUGAGAAUGAAAAGAGCCAACAUGCCUCUUUCUGACAUUUUCAGACUGACUACACGUAUGCAGCCCUGGUAUUUUGCCUCGUAUGAUAUGUUGGUUUGUUGUCUUUUUUAUUUUAAACAAAAUACACAAGCACAUGCCAGUCUGUCUGAUUAAUAGGGAUGUUGUCUGGGUUUUUUUUUUAUUGGAUUUAUUUUCGGUUUGUUUUCAAAUGCGAUUAAUACCCUCCCUUGGCUAUCACCUCACCUCAACACGAUAAACCUUCACAGAUUUCUUUUUAACUCAUAAUGCACUUGCUCACAGCUUUGAAUAAGUUUGCAGUUAGAGUAUGCCUUAAGUGAUAAGUUUUAUAGAAUAUUUAUUGCCAGUGGUAUGUUUUAAUUUAUUUGAAAGUUAUAUUGAAAAAAAGUAUGCAUUUUUUUAAAACAUAGAAACACACCAAUUUUUUAUUCUUAUGAUUAUUAUUACAAUGAUUAUGAAGAUGUAAACAUUUCCAUAUCAGUAUUUAACAAUGUUAUUGUUCUGUGUCGUGUAACAUAUCAAUAAAAACAAGACAAGUGGAAAUGUCA